UGCAGUGGCGGCCGCUAGGAAGAUGGCUGCGCCCUGUGGCUCGGAGCGGCCCGCCAACUCGCCGCUUAAAAUCCCGAAGAUGGAGGUGCUCUCCCCUGCCUCUCCUGGUGGCCUGAGUGACGGAAACCCUUCGCUGUCCGACCCUUCCACGCCUCGGGGCGCCUCCCCGCUCGGGCCGGGCAGUGCGGCGGGCUCGGGGGCAGCGGCGUCCGGGGGUCUCGGGCUGGGGCUUGGGGGGCGCAGCGCCGCCUCGUCCUGGGGAGCCCCGGCCGCCGCCUGUCGCGGCAUGUCGUGGACGCCAGCCGAGACCAACGCGCUCAUCGCAGUGUGGGGCAACGAGCGGCUGGUGGAGGCACGGUACCAGCAGCUGGAGGGAGCCGGCACGGUAUUCGGCAGCAAGGCCCCCGGGCCGGCCAUGUACGAGCGCGUGUCCCGGGCCCUGGCCGAGCUGGGCUACGAGCGGACGCCGUCCCAGUGCCGGGAACGCAUCAAGACCCUUCGCAGGUGUUACAGUCGGGUGAAAGAACAUGGUGUUGGGAAAAGAAAGAGCAGUUACACAUUUGAACAGUUGGAACAGGUGUUUGGUCAGGGAGGAUGGGAUGCUCAGCCCUGCCAGCCUGUCCUUAUUAACAGUAGUGGCUUGUACCAGGAGCUGGAGUCCGACGGCAGUACUAUGGAGGAGUAUUCACAGGAGGACUGGGGAAACCACAGUCAGGAUCUCCAUGGCUACCCAACAGAUCAGGAAUUGGAUGAAAUACCUGUCACAAAGAGAACAUUAAAAAUAAAACAAGAGUCUUCUGAAGAAGCACAGAAGAGAGACAUCAUGCAGAAUAUUGUCCAGAUUUUGGAAUCAGUACAGUUGAAAUGGGAACUGUUUCAGAGCUGGACAGACUUUUCAAGGCUUCAUCUUUCUAAUAAACUGGCCAUUUUUGGGAUUGGUUAUAACACCCGUUGGAAAGAGGACAUCCGCUACCACUACGCAGAGAUCAGCUCCCAGGUGCCGCUGGGCAAGCGACUGCGGGAGUACUUCAACUCCGAGAAGCCCGAGGGGCGCAUCAUCAUGACCCGAGUGCAGAAGAUGAACUGGAAGAACGUUUACUACAAAUUUCUAGAGAUCACCAUCAGUGAAGCGAGGUGUCUGGAGCUGCACAUGGAAAUUGACUGGAUACCCAUUGCCCACUCCAAACCAACCGGUGGGAACGUGGUUCAGUAUUUAUUGCCGGGAGGCAUUCCCAAAAGCCCGGGCCUUUACGCCAUUGGCUAUGAAGAAUGUAUUGAAAGGCCCCCCUCACCCCACAUGGAGCAGAGUUCCCUGGACCCGGGGAAGGAGGGCAGGGUUGACUUGGAAACCCUUUCAGCACAAGCCUCCUUACAGGUGGAAGUAGAGCCCACCCGCAUUAUCUAUUGCUACCUCGGGAUCGCUGAGGUUAGGACUCUGCAGCAAUGCUUGUUUUUACAUUUCCAAGCCAAUACCAAAACCUUCAGCAAAGAUUGGGUCGGUAUUAAUGGGUUUUUGUCUCAGAACUGCAUUGUGGAUCCCGGAGUCUCCCCCAAAUCCAUCUACAUCAAGUUUGUGGAAGUAGAGAGGGAUUUUCUCUCCGCUGGCUCUUUAGUUGAGUGCCUGGAAAAAGCCAUCGGAUAUCCCUUAAAAUUUAACAACUGAAUGUCAUCCUUCAUAAGGAUUUGGGCUCUUACCUCCCUCUUCUCACUUCCCAUUGCCCCGACUGUCCCCGCACCCUGAUGCUGCCAUCACACUCUCCACGGAGACUCUCCGCCAUUGGGCCAGUACAGCCUCUAAGGAAUCACAGCAGACUCUGAGCAAACAAAACAGACCUCACCGGAAAAUGCUCAUUUUGAGCAAACAAGAUUUACAGCGAACUUGCAUGGUGGGUCAGCUGUUUCUUUUUUAAAAACAGAAAUUUUAAAAUGGAUGUGAGAGCCCUAAUAUAAACAAAUGUAGGUACAUUCCAUAUUGGACAAAACUUAUACUUUGAGUUUCAUAUGAAAUUGAAAAAUUGUAUUUUUUUCACAAUGUUUCAUUUUUACACAUCUCUAUGUCUCUAUAUAAGUAUUAUUUACAACCCUGAAUAAAUAAGCAAUAGAUAAUGGCAAGUUAAAUCUUGAGUCACAGUAAAUAAGACUGCUUUUCAAUAUCACCUUUAGCUACUAUUGUAUAUAAUUUAGAGUUUCAUUUUUUUUCACCAACCAAGUGUUUUGCUAUUCCCGAUCAGUGUUGCCUGCAAAGACCUUUGUUUCUGUGAUGUACCCACUUUACGGUUGUGUUGCCGUUUAAACUUUUUUAUAAAAAAUUAAAGUUAUU